UUCGUGGCCGGCUGGCCGCUCUGCUUCCAUUGCCUACCAGGGCAUCCAAAACUUGAAGUUUUGCCCUGCCAACGUGCUGUCUCGACUGCUCAAUCCGGGCCGGCGAGGUGCCCUUGAUAGGUGCCGGACCUCCCAGACCAGUGACUUUCUUGGGUGGCCCUAGCAGCUUCCGAGAAUGCCCACUGGAAAGAUGCGUGUUGUUGCAGAGAAAUGCUCGAAACAAGCCGUCACAAGACGAUUCUCGCCCAUAUGCGCGGAUCACUGUAUAUUGUUUUCCCGGAAUACAUUGCCGUUUCCAGGCCUCGAACAGAACUUGUGGCGUUCAGAGAAUUGGUCAGAAGCAAAAACCCUUUUUCCUACCCGUCCCGUAAUCUUGAUCGCUGCGGUGCAUACCGCUACUGUGAUUUUGCUAAAUCGAAGAUCUUGCAUUACUGAUGUAGGCAGAUUUUACGUCCUGUCUUUAUAAGGGGCUCUCCAGAGGUCGAUCAACUGUGCAAAAUCUGCCCAGCUCACAUGCCCAAAGCUUAGAUGAUAUGUCGACAGAAGCACCAAGAGUGCUUU